GGUGGAGCUUCCCACAGUGCCCUGGGGCCCGCGGGGGCUUCUGGGAGUUGUAGUCUGGCACCGCUCGUCGCUGCUGCAGCUGCUACGGGCUCGGCGCCGGCUUUGUCUGCGGGUGCGCGCCGCUGCGGUACUCAAGACCAGCCCAUGGAAGACUCCUAUGAAGAAGUGGUGGUUAAAGUCAUAGAGCAGGAGUGGACAUGUUUGGGUUUCCCACAGCUACCCUGCUGGACUGCCAUGGAAGAUAUGCCCAGAAUGUAGCAUUUUUCAAUGUGAUGACGGAAGCCCACAAGUAUGAUCAUUCAGAGGCCACAGGAUCUUCAAGCUGGGAUUUCCAGAGUUCUUUCAGAAGAGAGAAGGUGGAACAAAAGUCCCCAGAUUCAAAGACACUACAGGAAGACUCUCCUGGAGUGAGACAGAAGGUCUAUGAUUGCCAGGAAUGUGGGAAAUCUUUCCGGCAAAAAGGUAGUCUAACAUUGCAUGAGAGAAUCCACACUGGGCAGAAACCCUUUGAGUGCACCCAGUGUGGAAAAAGCUUCAGGGCCAAAGGCAAUCUAGUUACACAUCAGCGAAUACACACAGGAGAAAAGCCCUAUCAGUGCAAAGAGUGUGGCAAAAGCUUCAGUCAGCGAGGCAGCCUAGCUGUCCAUGAGAGACUCCACACUGGACAGAAACCCUAUGAAUGUGCCAUUUGCCAGAGAAGCUUCAGGAAUCAAAGUAACCUCGCUGUUCACCGAAGAGUUCACAGUGGUGAGAAGCCCUAUAGAUGUGACCAGUGUGGAAAAGCUUUCAGUCAGAAAGGAAGCCUAAUUGUCCACAUCAGAGUUCACACAGGUCUGAAGCCCUAUGCGUGUUCCCACUGCAGGAAGAGUUUCCACACCAGGGGGAAUUGUAUUCUGCAUGGAAAAAUCCACACAGGAGAGACACCCUAUCUCUGUGGUCAGUGUGGAAAGAGUUUCACUCAGAGAGGGAGCCUGGCUGUGCACCAACGAAGCUGCUCCCAAAGGCUCACCCUGUAACUACUCUCGUCAAAGGAAGGUCUUAGGAAUUAAGAAUACAAAACCCUCUGUAACCAAGAAGUUUAUCUAAUUCUAUAGGGUAAGUGGAAAUUCUUCCAGAAGGACCAGCAUUUAAUAUGGCAAACUGACUUUUUCCCUUUCCUCCAAAUGAAUAUGAAAAAUAAAUGUCUUGUUUUAUCAUUA